UUUGAGGAAGAAAUUGUCUCGUGCGAGUGGAUGGGACCAGACGACUGAAAUCCAUCGGUGAAAAACAGGUCAAACGGACGUAAGCCCGACUUUUCAGACAAUUUUGUAGGCUACUCUUGAGUUUUCGUUAAAAAAAACAGCUUCUAGCUAAAAUGGAUGUACRCACUGUUCAAAUAAUAAUAUUUAUCGCAAUGAAGAACAUUAUUUGUAUCACAAAAGCCCAAAAUCCAAUGAAUCAAGAUUACAGAUACACAGAUGGUCUACCAAUCUCCUUACAAGGCUACAAACUCAAUGGUUUUAACUACAAGGUCUUUAACUCGGUCACCAUGAUAGGCUGUGGGCAAAGAUGUUUGGCUGAAUUCCCUAAAUGCGUGUCAUACAACUACUUUGUGUCAAUGAAAGAAGAAUUCUGUGAGCUGAACACGAAGGGAGUGAGUUCUGCUGCUGAAGGAAUUGCAGGAAGCCUUGAAAAGGAACCGAAUUCUGUCUUUGUUCAAAUACAGACUGAUUCAAUGAAAUUUCCCAAGACAUGCGCAGACCACUACAAGUCGGGUGUCCGGGAAUCAGGUCUGUACUAUAUACGAGACCGUGACAACCAGUACUACCGGGUGUUCUGCGACUUCCACAGCGAGGCAAACAAAGUCUGGACACUUGUGGAUUCCGCUAGUUAUAAAAACAGAGUUUUACGGCAGUUCAAAUCAGUGGCUUUCUUCAUUAACGACCCGGUCAACGAAGACAAACCAAACUGGGAGUCCUAUCGGUUGUCGCUUGCUCGCAUGGAGGAUAUCAGCACGAGGUCAACUCACUGGAGAAUCACGUGCAACUUUCCGCAAGACGGUGUUAACUACCUCGAUUACGUACGUGGAAAGAUCGCCGAUGUGGACAUGCUCUCGUUAAAGGGAUACGAAAUCUGUAAAAGAGUAGAAUAUAUGAACGUAAUGGGACAUAAAUGCAACGACUGUACGGCUGCUUGGUGGCAAAUAGACGGUUCUUAUAUUUUCCAUCACGAUUCUUCCUAUGAUCUAUGUGACUUUAAAAAAACUCCAAAUUCAGUUGGAAGUCAAGAUAAUUUUGGAUUUUAUGCAGCCCCCAAUGUCAAGUUCAGGUGCUGCUCGUCGGAUCAGUCGAAUAACAAUAUUUGGUUUGGUAGCGUUGUUUAACAGUUUAGAAAGCGACAACGUACUCUGAGAAUCACUAGUCGGCGUGCUGAAGUCGAAAUCCUUGUUGACACACUUAGAAAGGAUUUUUAGAAAGAGACAACGUACUCUGAGAAUCACUAGUCGGCGUUCUGAAGUCGAACUCCUUGUUGACACACUUAGAAAGGAUUUUUAGACUUGCUACACAAGUUCUACAAGUUUGGACUAGUAUGCUGUAUACCGCUAUUUUAAAAACGUUGAGUACUGAACAGUUGAUUAUAGUGUAUCCAAGACCGCAAUGCAUUGCUUCAAUURGAUUCCACGUUAGUAGCGUUAAAAAUGACAUUUCUAAACUAAAUUGCUGUCCAUUGAUUUUCCUCAUUGCACGAAGAUGAAAGAGUCGCAAAACUCAGUGGGUACAUACUUUAAUUUCCAUUUUGAACUACUUAUGAUCUUUAUGUUUAUAAAUAAAUUUAUUAACCUCUUGUACGUACAAUAGCCAAUCAAGAUAGCCCAUUAGUGCCUAAUAUAGCAACAAAAUAAAKUUAUAUUGCUAAGGAGGUUAUCCCGGGAAAAAGACCCUUGGAAAUAAGUUAGUGCGUAAAAGUUUAACGCUGAAGAUAUCGUACCACUUACAAUUGAUAUAAUCAGUAUAAUAGUUAUAAUGAUAAUGUGUUUUUGUGAUAUCACAUGUAAAUUUUAUUUAAAAAAGCACCAUACACUUA